AUUCUAUUUUUGGUCUAUUAUCGAUAAUGGCUCUCUGUCAAUCACCGUAAUGACUUGUUCAUCGCCAGUUCAAUGGUCUUUCAAAAUAAACCAAAACAAUUCUCUUGAUUCCUUUUCAAUGCCUUGGACAGUAAAUGACACUUCAACUUUAAAUUUUAACUCUGCCAAGGGAUUAUAUAGAUUAAAUUUUAUUUCUGUUACGAAUGACACCUAUUUACAUAUAUACAUCAGUACUGAAGUUGGAGGACCGCUUGUUUUAACAGAAACGAAAUCAUCAAAAAUGUACAUACAUAAAAGAAGAAAGAAAAUAAUAGUUAAAUGGCACCCGAGUUUAGUUGAUCCACAAAAUACUGAAUAUUGUUUGGUUAUUCAUAACAAGAAAAUUUAUAAAACCCUAUGUAGCGCCCAGUUAGAUAAAUCUGGAAUAUUAUCAUCUAACUUAAAUUUCAAGAAAUCCAAAGUAUCAUCCCAAUUACUGACUGGCCAGAUACUAGGACCUCAAAUGUCAACAAAAUUUGGAACCGAUGCUUAUCCAAUAAUAGCCUGUAUUGGUCAGAAACUUCAGUUCGCUUUUAGUAAUCCCAAAAUGGAUGAGACCUACUACUUUUCACUUUUUGCUACCAAUAGGCAGACUAAUUUCACCUAUCAAUAUGGUACAAUAUCAACAAAUGGUCGCUUAAAGCCCAUUACACUUAAAGAUGGAAAAGCGAUGUUUAAAAAUUUAAAGAAAAUGGAUGGGGAUGCAUUAUUCAGAUAUAAGGUUCCAAGAAAUAGCGACAAUACACUCAAGAUAUUCGUUGCGUCUUGUGAUUCUAAAAUAAAAGUUAAAAUAUCUAAAAAGGAGAAGGUGCUAUUAACAAAAAACGUUACCAAGUAUAGCAUUAUAUCUCUAAAUUCUGUAGAAGUUGGAACACGAUACAACGUUAGGAUUAUACUAAAUAGUCAAGAUAUCGAUAAUAAUUCUGUCAUACAGAUUCUUGCUUCAUCGAGAAAAGACUUCACUUUAUCAUUUCCUCUUAUGCCUUCUGAUACACGGAUUAGGGAAUACGAAUCUUUAAAAACAUGUAAUAGCGUUACAAUUGGUUGGUAUGUACCACCACAAACGCAAUUUCAACACUAUUAUUGUUUUUUAGUAAAAGAAGGCCAAAUUUUGGAUAUUAAAGAGGAGAGAGGUUUAAAUCAAUGUGAUAUUCAGAGGGCAACGAGGGCAUCAGAUUUUGUGCUUCAAUAUUGUAAAUAUCUAGAUUAUAGAGAUCAAAAAGUUGUUGUUGAAAAAGUGCGUUAUCUUCUACCAGGAAAAAACUACGUUUUUCAAGUUGUUGUCAAGAAACCUCAAGGAAAACCUCUAGCUUAUGAUUUAUUUCAAACUCACACUUUACGAACUUGUUCGAAAUUUGUAUAGAAUAAAUAGUUUUUGUUGUGUUAA